UUGCUGUGAUUAAUCAUUAGUCAGUGGCCCUGGGAGGCUCCUAAAAUUAGGCUUUCUUCAAGAAUAUUCAGGGGUUCUCAGUGAUCACCCCAGCACUCUGCGAUGCUCCUUAGUAUGAAUAACAUGCUGGCAAAUGACUCCUUGGAACUUCAUCUCCUGCCCCCUCCCUGUGGAUGCCCACAUAAUAUCUCUUAGGCUGGCCUCCCUUACAAGACAGUCCAACUAGCGCAACCAUAGCAGCACAUUAGCCCCACUGUCCGCCUUCUUUCUGCUUACACCCCAAGACCUGGUGACGGGUACAGAGCAUCAUAUUUGUGACAGUCUCUUCUCUGAAUCCAGUCAUCAGCACCUCUUAAGUCUUUAGCAGAACCUUGUAUUCCUACCAGCUUUUCAAGUCAGCUUGUUUCCCAGUUCUCACUGGUGGCUGUUUCUCAGGUCUACUCUGCUUGUCCCCCUUCCUCUUACCCCCUACCAGAUAGUUUCUCAACCUCCUCUCAAAGAAAGAAAAAGCCAUCCUAUGACCACUCCUCAAAUUUGCCACCAAGAAAACUUUAACCUACGCUCCCUCCUCCCCUGGGUGGGGAUCUGGGAGCAGCUGAGGGGAGGGUCUGUUCCUCCCCUGCCUUUCCUCUCCAUUCUUUCUCCUCAGGCCUGGGGAUUGGGGGUGAGCAAGUGGUGCCUGGAAGGAUGGGAGUUUCCCACAAUGGGGGUGGAGCCAUCAUGGGGGAGGCCGGUGCUCUGGGUGUUGGGCACAGUCUGCAUGAAGGCAUGGGGCUGGCUGGUGUGGAGAUUUUCCCAGUCUGCCUUGCACCUUCUGCCCCUGGAGCCUAUGGCCAGGUGUGCACCAGUGGUAGAAUGCUGCUCCCCCUCAUCCUACCCAACCCUGGGACCUCCCCACCCCAUUGUGACACUGCUCCCUGGACACCAUGGAACCCAAGGGUUCUGCUUCCGAGGGUCCAGCUGGGCCUGGACUGUGGUCAGAAAUGGCAAAGAAAAAGAGCUUCAAGAUAGAGUUCAAAUCCCAUCCUCAUCCCAGGAACCUCCAACACGACGGUGCAGAAAGCCCCCGCUGCUGUUCUCUGGAUAUGUUAUUACAGAGAUUGAGGGCCAUCGAUGCCCAGGAUGAUAAACUAGCCAACAUCAUGGAUGUGGUGGGGGAGUUUGGCACAUUCCAGCGGAGGCUGGUGGCCCUCAGCUUCAUUCCCAACUUCUUGUCCUCCUUCUUCAUGUUUGCUGAUAUCUUCAUGUUCGCACCCCAAAAGCCCUAUUGCAACACCAGCUGGAUACUGGCAGUGGACAGAAACCUGUCAGAGGCUGAGCAGAUGAAUCUGACCCUGCCCCGUGCACCCAAUGGCAGUUUCCUGACUUGCCUCAUGUAUGUGCCUGUGGACUGGGAUCUGGAUUCUACAAUCCAGUUUGACCUCAAUCACACAGACUCAUGUCAAAAUGGGUGGAUCUAUCCUGAGAGCAAGAGGCGGUCACUGAUAAAUGAGUUUGACUUGGUGUGUGGCAACGAAACAAGCAACGAAAUCGUGUAUACCGUGUUCUUGGCUGGGCUCUUGACGGGGGCUGUCAUCUUCGGGUUCAUAACUGACAAGUUGGGCCGCUACCCCACCAUCCUGCUGGCGCUGCUGGAGCUGGCCAUCUUCGGCUUCGGGACAGCCUUUGUCAGCAGCUUUAACCAGUAUAUAUUCUUCCGCUUUUGUGUGUCCCAGGCCGUCAUGGGCUACGCCAUUGGCAGCUCGGCUUUACUCACUGAGUGGCUAAUGGGCAUGCAUCGGGCCCAUGCCUUCAUCCUGGGACACUGCUUUUUUUCCAUGGGAGUCGUUUUCCUGACAGGACUUGCCUACAGCCUUCCCCACUGGCGGCUAAUGUUUCUGGUGGGCGGAACACCUGUAUUCCCCCUCAUCUGCUAUAUCUGGAUUCUCCCAGAGUCCCCACGGUGGCUGAUAAUGAAAGGGAAGCUGGAGGAGGCCAAGCAAAUGCUGUGCUAUGCAGCUGCUGUGAACAAAAAGACCAUUCCUUUAAGUCUGCUGGAUAAGUUGCAACUGCCUGGAAAGAAGGUGGCUUCAGCCUCUAUCCUGGACUUCUAUAGCAACAGGUACCUCCGCAAGUUAACCUUGGUGAUGUGCAGCAUAUGGUUUGCUAUCGGUUGCAACUAUUACACGCUGGGCUUAAAGACAAGGGAAUUGGGCAUGAACAUCUACCUCUCACAAGUGAUCCCUGGCAUGAUGGAGGUGCCCGCCCGGCUCUGCUGCAUCUUUCUUCUCGAGCAGUUGAAGAGGAGAGGAACCCUGAUUAUGACUUUGUUCCAAGGAGCCACCAUGUGCUUCCUUAGCCUUAUGCUCCCGUCAGAGUUGAAAUCCCUCGUGAUCUUGAUAACCCUGCUGGGAGAGUUCAAUCUGGCCGCCUCCAUCACCAUGUUCUACAUCUACACUUCUGAACUCCUCCCCACCAUCAUCAGGGCGACAGGUCUGGGUCUAGUGUCUCUGAUCUGGGUGGCUGGAGGCAUCUUGUCUGUGACACUCAUCCACCAGAACAUUGCCAUCCUACCCAUCAUUCUCUGCUCCCUCUCGGCCUCCGUGGCUUUGUUCUACUGCUCCAAUUUGCCAGAAAUGCAAGAUCAGCCCCUACCUGAUACCCUGGAGCACAUUACACCACAGUCAAGGUAGGUGUGUGUGGCUGCU